AGUUUUUGUUGAAAACUCGAAUUCUUUGCGCUGUGUCGCCGGUCUUAGAAUUUUCUCUUUAUUCGGUGGAUGUGCUAAUUAACGUUGCCAGAAUUUUGCACCGUACUCAAGUGGAAAUCGUUUAAAAGCCAAUUCUUAGAAAACGAGUGCUGGUUGAAGCGAGGAUCGGCCGUAAAAUCGCAAUUUCUCCGGGCAAUAACAAAGAAAGUCGGCGACGAAAUGGCGGCCCAUCAAUAUCAUCAAAUCGCCAAUCUUCUGGAAAAGAUGACAUCGCCUGACAAGGACUUCCGUUUCAUGGCAACAAACGAUCUAAUGGCAGAGCUCCAAAAGGAUAGCAUCAAAUUGGACGAUGAAUCAGAGAAGAAGGUGGUCCGGGUCGUGCUGCGACUUCUCGAGGACAAGAACGGCGAAGUCCAGAAUCUGGCCGUCAAGUGCCUUGGCCCGUUGGUGAACAAAGUGAAGGAGAACCAAGUGGAGACGAUCGUGGACACGCUUUGCGGCAACAUGGUGUCCAGCAACGAGCAGCUACGGGACAUCUCCAGCAUUGGCCUAAAGACUGUAAUCUCGGAACUGCCACAGGCGUCCAACUCGUUAGCACCCAACGUUUGCCAGAGAAUUACAGGAAAGUUGAGCAACGCAAUCGAGAAGGAAGAUGUAUCAGUUCAGCUAGAAGCAUUGGAUAUUUUGUCAGACCUGCUUUCACGUUUUGGAGACUUUCUAGUUCCAUUCCAUGAUAUCAUACUCAAAGCACUCGUUCCACAAUUAGGAUCCCAACGACAAGCUGUUCGUAAACGAACAAUUGUGGCACUAUCACAUCUAUUGACCCUUUGCAACGGCGAAUCAUACAACAGAGUUAUCGACCAUUUACUGGAAGGGCUUGAAAAUCCACAAAAUAGUGGAGCUGUUAGGACGUAUAUUCAGUGUUUAGCAUCGAUAUGCCGCCAAGCCGGCCAUCGUCUAUCCAAUCACAUUGAUCGAAUAAUGUUCCUCCUGAAAGAGUACAGUCAACGAGAAGACGAUGAAUUGCGUGAAUUUUGCUUACAAGCCUGUGAAGCGUUUGUAUAUCGGUGUCCAGAUGCCAUAGGACCACACAUAUCGACGAUCACUGAACUUUGUAUGAAGUAUGUAACAUAUGAUCCAAACUACAAUUAUGAGGCUGACGAUGGAGAAGCAGGUGUCGCUAUGGAUACAGAAGACGAGGAGUAUAUUGAUAGUGAAGAAUACAGCGAUGACGACGAUAUGAGCUGGAAGGUUCGUCGAUCAGCGGCAAAAUGUUUAGAAGCAGUUAUUUCAACGCGGCAUGAGUCCCUGGAGGAGUUCUAUAUGACACUGUCCCCAGCUUUGAUCUCGAGGUUCAAAGAACGUGAAGAAAACGUUAAGUCAGAUAUAUUUCACGCGUAUAUUGCCUUGUUGAAAGCUACACGCCCAUCCGACGACCUACCUCAUGACCCUGACUCAAUGGAACAUGUACCUGGUCCGAUAAACUUACUCCAAGAUCAAGUGGCUGAAAUCGUGAAAGCAAUACAACCGUUGAUGCGCGAAAAAUCAGUGAAAACCAGACAAGAUUGCUUCUUACUCCUAAGAGAAUUGCUCGCAGCGCUGCCAGGUGCUUUAAGUAACCACUUAGAACACUUGAUGCCUGGAAUCCAUUAUUCGCUAAGUGAUAAGAACUCUACAUCAAAUAUGAAGAUCGAUGCGUUAGGAUUUGUUUGCAGUUUGUUACAAGGACAUAAUCCUAAGGUUUUCCACGCUCAUAUCCCAGUCUUAGUUCCAUUGAUAGUGAAUGCUGUGUUUGACCCCUUCUAUAAAAUUGCAACAGAAGCUCUUAUGGUACUCCAGCAGUUGGUUAAAGUGAUUCGCCCACUAGAUGUUGAUACUGAAUUCAAUGUUCUACCGUUUGUUGACCAACUAUACAAGGCGACUCUCCAAAAGCUUAAGUCGUCAGAAGUAGAUCAGGAAGUGAAGGAACGAGCGAUCGCUUGUAUGGGUCAAAUCAUUGCGAAUAUGGGCGACUUCCUGAAAGAUGAACUUCCUUCAUGUUUGCCAAUUUUCAUGGAACGUCUCAAAAAUGAAGUCACAAGAUUGAGCUCCGUUCGGGCCUUGACAAUGAUCGCCACAUCACCUCUACGAGUGAACCUCAGUCCAAUCUUAACUGAUGUGAUUCCGGCACUUGGUAUGUUCCUGAGGAAGAAUCAACGAGCAUUGAAACUAACCUCGUUGACGCUCUUGGACGCCUUGGUUAAUCACUACAGUCAAAUGUUCAGUCCACAACUACUACAGACUGCCAUGGCAGAAAUUCAGCCAUUACUUUCAGAUACAGAUUUACACGUUGCUCAACUGUCCUUAGUUCUACUUACAACAACAGCACGAAAGCAACCGCAAGCACUAAACGGUCUUCACGAGCAGUUUAUGCCACACGUGAUGACCUUGGUGCGGUCUCCACUGUUACAGGGUACGGCGCUAACAUGUACGCUUAAUUUGUUCCAAGCUUUGGUGCAAGCUAAACUACCAGGUCUCGGCUAUCAGCAACUUCUCGAUAAGCUUAUGGAACCGGUUUUGUCCUUCCACAACGAACAACUUCAUAAGCAAGCAUAUCAUUCGCUGGCGAAAUGUGUAGCAGCUCUGACACUGCAAACUCCUACAAAAGCAGUUCCUCUGGCGUCGCAACUCCUAGCAGAUAUUCAAAAAAGACGCGGAGACUCACAUUUAGUAUUUUGUUUGCUCACAAUUGGGGAAAUCGGCAGGCACUUUGAUUUGAGUUCAAUUGAUUCUUUAGCUCAAACCAUUAUCGAAUGUUUUGGAGCCGGAUCAGAAGAUGUGAAAAGUGCAGCGAGUCAUGCCCUAGGCGCGGUGGCUGUAGGAAGUCUGCCAACAUAUUUACCUUUCAUUUUGAAAGAAAUCGAAGCUCAGCCAAAACGACAGUACUUGCUCCUACACUCACUGAAAGAAGUAAUAUCAUCGCUCUCGACGACCACCAACGGCCUGGAACAACUUCUGCCCUCAGUUCCUUCGAUCUGGUCUCAACUUUUCAAACACUGUGAAUGCUCCGAAGAAGGAUCCAGAAACGUAGUAGCUGAGUGUUUGGGCAAGUUAGUGUUAGUCAAUCCAGAAGAGUUACUUCCCAGCCUGCAGCGAGCUCUACACAACGGCAGUCCUCUGAUGCGAACAGCUGUCGUGUCCGCAGUCAAGUUUACCAUCUCUGAUCAACCGCAACCCAUCGAUGUUCUGCUGAAACAAUGUAUUGGCGAUUUCUUAUUUGCUCUUAGAGAUCCUGAACCGUCUGUUCGCCGAGUGGCGCUUGUUGCAUUCAACUCCGCUGUUCACAAUAAGCCGAGUUUGGUAAGAGAUUUGCUCCCAGAUUUGCUUCCCUGGUUAUAUUCUGAGACUAAAGUGAAAGAUGAGCUUAUUCGCGAGGUGGAAAUGGGUCCAUUCAAACACACUGUCGACGAUGGUUUAGAUAUAAGAAAAGCCGCUUUCGAAUGCAUGUAUACUCUCCUAGAACAAGGUUUGGAUCGUGUCGAUAUUAUGCAAUUUUUGGAUCAUGUGCAAGCUGGUCUGCGUGAUCAUUACGACAUUAAGAUGCUAACAUAUUUGAUGACAGCUAGAUUAGCAAUUUUGUGUCCAGAUGCGGUUCUUUUAAGGUUGGACCAAUUUGUGCAGCAUUUGAGGGCCACUUGUACCCUCAAAGUCAAGGCCAAUUCGGUGAAGCAAGAGUACGAGAAACAAGAUGAACUGAAGCGGUCGGCACUGAGAGCUGUAGCGGCACUUGCCUCAAUACCAAAGGCUGAUAAAAAUCAACAAUUAGCCGAAUUUUUGAAAUUAAUUCGUGAGACACCUGAACUAAACAAAAUAUAUGAAUAUAUCCAGAAAGACUCGCAAACAAAUAGCAAUUCAGAAAAUGUGUCAAUGGAUCAGAGCUAGGAUAAUCGAUUGAUGUAGAGGAAGAUUUGGAGAUUUUCCAGAAUUACAGAUAAGGCCCAUUUUUACGAUGACCUGAAUAUUUCCUAUAGUAUGGACAUUCAUCGACAUUAUCUCUAAAGCCGAAAAUUCCAAAAGUCUCCCCAAAAGCGACAGCAAACUACAAGAAAACACAACCAAAUAGGAUCGAAGUGACGAAUUAAAUGCAAUAAUAUUCAAGAAGGAAGAUUAUGUGAAGUUUAGCCACAUUCAAUUAUUAAAUCGGUCAUACUAUCUCGGUUCUCCGAAUGUACAACAUUAACUUCUCGCUACACAACCUUCUUUACGUUCUUUCGUUUUAAAAAUAUUCAUCGUUUGAAUUUCACUGAAAUAUUAGUUUUUCCUUCAAUCGAUUGUGAAUAUUUUUUAUUUUAUUAUAAAUUUUAAUGCAUUUAAUUUAAAUAAAAUAAUAUAACAACAA